AUGCUGAGCUCCUACUUCGUCCUCAUCGCCGGCCUGUUGUCCGCCAUAGGCAAUUGUGCGCAGCCCACGAUCGUCUACCGCGGCGACACCAAGACGCCCAAGCACCUCAAAGACGCGGAUGGCUUUAAAGCCAAAGGCGGCGAUCAAAGCCUCUACAGCCACGUCAGCAAGGGCGGGCAGGAUAACGACGGCUACGUGUCGACCUCGGCGAACCGGGCCCAGGCCGUCAGUUUCGCCGAGAAGAAGGGCGGUGGCGACGGCUACGUGUACGAGAUCUCGGCGAACAAGCAAUUCAUCGACUGCGCCGGCACACUGAAGCAGUACUACGACCAAUGGAAGGUGGAGGAAGAGUUCUCGGCAAUCGGCGGGAUCGAAUGGAAACAGAUCAAGAGCUGGACCGUGAUAGAGAACUUCCAAGAGGGUGACACCACGCAAAACCCAGACUACGACGUCUCGACCGAGAACGAAGAGGCCGGCGGCGCCCAGCCCCAACUCGCCGGGUUCCCGACCAAGGGCAAGAUUGGCAAGGCCUGGAACAAGGACCCCUGGAAGGAGUUUGCCGACUGCAAGCCCAAUGACAAGAAGCUCAGGCGCGGCGACUGCAACGACGACAAUGACAGCGCGGAUGGUUGUGAUGAUGUCUGCAAACCGAAGAAGUCCAACAAGGACUUCAUCAAGGAAUACCUCGACAGCAUCAAGAAGCGCGGCCUGCGGUUCGCUCGGGCCUACUUUUCCUAA